CAGCUUAAUUAAGCACCUUUUACCGAUUAGUCAUAGUGUAUUAUGAAAGUGUUUGUGCCAUAGAAAUGGAUAACUACGAGCAGCACAACGAAGUCACGACGUCAUACAACAACAAUAGUUUACAAAAUAACUUCAAUGAGUGCAAAACCGAUUAUUACGAAUACGACGUAAAACAGAAACAUAUGGAAAAAGAUUUUUACGACCAGAAGAACUAUCGAAUGAAGUUGGACGAGGCUCAGAAUCAGUCCAGUCUGAGCACCCCGUUUUCAGUUAAAGACAUAUUAAACAUAAACCAGACACCGUAUUAUGAUCGAAACGAUGCAUGGAAGGCGAACGAGAGACGAAAUCCCGAAUAUGAAACUCUAUACCACCAAAGUCAGUAUUGCCCGGAGUAUUUUAAUCAAAUGUAUCCCAACAUCCCAAUUCAUAACAGCGACCCUUAUUGGAAUCCAGAAAUGUACCACGAAGCGAAGAUGGAGGAGUACUAUAAUUAUAAUCCUUAUUGUCAUAAUAUAUACCAACAGAAUCAUGAAUAUCCUGAACCAUCGUCUCAUCACAAUGGAAUAGAUGUCCCUGGAAAGUUGGAAAAUGCGGACAGGGAUGUACUUUCACAAAUACCAGGGAUAGGAAUAAAACCAAUGGAAAAGAGUGUACAACAAUUAGUACCUGAACCAAUGUCGUAUUCAGAAACAUUACAAAAGUUUCCAAUUUUAACGAAAAAACAUCCGAAGCCGCCGAUAUGCAGUAAACAAGAAAGAAAAGAAAAAAACGUGAAACGAAAACCAAGAAUUCUAUUUUCUCAAACUCAAGUCCACGCAUUGGAAGUUCGAUUCAGAGCUCAAAGAUACUUGACAGCACCAGAGAGAGAACAGCUGGCGAAAACUCUCAACCUCUCACCAACUCAAGUGAAAAUCUGGUUCCAAAAUCGAAGGUACAAAAGCAAACGGAUCAAGUCACCUGAAGUCUCAACAUCGACAGAUGCUAAACCCAUAAAGAAUAUUGGAAGGAAAUUAUAUAGACCUGAGAACAGGGACUUGCCGCCUCCUUAUGAAGGUUAUAAGGUCGAAAACGACGUAACCGACAGUGAGAAUCUAUCCUCAACUUUGUACUUUGACGAUAGUUUAACUUACGACCACGAAACAGAAAAAUAUUACAACAGACAAAGCGAAGAAAAUGUCGGAACAACAGCCAGUAUUGUAGAUUUAUAUUCAACAGAUGGUAGCAUUAAAGAUGAAAUAUAUAAGGAAACUGAUAUGAAGAAGUAUUUUCCUAUCAGUUAUGUUUGUUGAUAAAUUAGAUAUAAGCAUGUGAUCAUAGACUGACUGCCAAAGAGAAUUAUUUUGUUAUUUUUAUAAUAGGUAUUAUGUGAAGCGCGCUUGUGCAAUUUUAUACAGAUUUCUUGACUCGCUGU